AUGGCGCAGCAAAACCCUCCGCUGGACCGGAACAGAUACAGCUGUUCAAUCUGUCUGGAUCUGCUGUGUAAUCCAGGGACCCUCACUUGUGGCCACAGCUUCUGUUUGGACUGUAUCACAAAAAACUGGGACAAUCAGGCUGAGAGGGGAGUCUACAGCUGUCCCCAGUGCAGACAGACCUUCGAAAGAAGACCAGCUCUGGUAAAGAACACCGUUCUAGCUGAUGUCAUGGAGGAUCUCAAGAGAACACGACUGCGAGACGCUCCCCCUGACCACUGCUAUGCUGGACUUGAAGACGUGGGCUGUGAUGUCUGUAAGGGGAGGAAGAUGAAGGCCAUCAAGACCUGUCUGGUGUGUCAGGUUACUUACUGUGAGGAUCACCUCCAGAGUCACUAUGAAGUUCCAGGGUUGAAGAGACACAAGCUGGUGGAACCAGCAGCCGACCUUCAGGACAACAUCUGCCCCCGUCACAACAAGCUCAUGAAGAUUUUCUGCCGUCAGGAUCGACAAGCUAUCUGUCAUUUGUGUUCCCUUGAUGAACACAGAAGACACGACACAGUUUCAGCCGAUGCCGAGAGGAAUGAACGUCAGAAGGAGCUCAGCGGGCAUCAGAGAGCUACACGGGCGAGAGUCAAGGAAGUUGAACAAGAACUUGAGGCUCUUCCACUGGAGAUGGACUCCAUCAUCCGGUCUGCUGAUGAAGCAGUGAAACGUGCUGAUGAGAUCUUUGCUGACUUUAUUCGUUCCGUUGAGAGACGAUGGUCUCAGAUAACAGAAGAGACCAGGACCGAGCAGGAAGCUGGACUGAAGUGGGUCCGGGACCUGAGGAAGAGCCUGGAGCAGGAGCUGGUCCAGAUGAAGGGGAGUGGAGAUGACCUGGAACGUCUCUCCCAGACACAGAGUCACGUCACCUUUCUACAGAAAUAUCCCAGGAACUAUUCUAUCAGGAGGUCCACAGCCCGACCCACCAGAGACGUCCAAAAGGAAUGUGAAGUAGAUGAGCAGGAAAAUCAGGGGACUCACAACUUUAACAGUCAGAGUUUAGCUGCUGUUGGUAGCGAAAUGGCGCAGCAAAACUCUCUGCUGGACCAGGACAGAUACUGCUGUUCAAUCUGUCUGGAGCAGCUGUGUAAUCCAGGGACUCUCACUUGUGGCCACAGCUACUGUUUGGACUGUAUCAGACAACACUGGGACAAUCAGGCUUUGAGGGGAGUCUACAGCUGUCCCCAGUGCAGACAGACAUUCGAAAGAAGACCAGCUCUGGUAAAGAACACCAUUCUAGCCGAUGUCAUGGAGGAUCUCAAGAGAACACGACUGCGAGACACUCCCCCUGACCACUGCUAUGCUGGACCUGAAGACGUGGGCUGUGAUGUCUGUACGGGGAGGAAGAUGAAGGCCAUCAAGACUUGUCUGGUUUGUCUGGUUUCUUACUGUGAGGAUCACCUCCAGAGUCACUAUCUAGUCGCUGGGUUGAAGAGACACAAGCUGGUGGAACCUACAGCAGACCUUCAGAACAACAUCUGCCCCCGUCACAACGAGGUCAUGAAUGUUUUCUGCCGUCAGGAUCAACAAGCUAUCUGUCAUUUGUGUUCCAUUGAAGAACACAGAAGCCACGACACAGUUUCAGCCGAAGCUGAAAGAAAUGAACGUCAGAAGGAGCUCAGCGGGCAUCAGAGAGCUACACGGGCAAGAGUCAAGGAGGUUGAACAAGACCUUGAGGUUCUUCAACAGGAGAUGGACUCCAUCAACCUGUCUGCUGAUGAAGCAGUGAAACGUGCUGAUGAGAUCUCUGCUGAUCAUAUCCGUUCCAUUGAGAGACGAAGGUCUGAAGUCAUAGAAGAGACCAGGACCGAGCAGAAAGCUGGACUGAAGCGGAUCCAGGACCUGAGGAAGAGCCUGGAGCAGGAGCUGGUCCAGAUGAAGAGGAGUGGAGAUGACCUGGAUCGUCUCUCCCAGACACAGAGUCACGUCACCUUUCUACAGAAAUACCCCUGGAACAAUUCUAUCAGGAGGUCCACACGCCGACCCACCAAAGAGGCUCCGGUGGAAGUGUUACUCCCAGAACAGCCGCACACCAGAGCACAAUUCUUAACAUAUUCAUGUGAAAUGGGCAUCGACCCAAGCACAACUCGCCUGCUUCUGACUCGGAGUAACAGAGGAGUGUUUAAACAAGUUGGGACAGCAGGGGGGUGUCGGAGUAAAGAGAUUCUGACUGGACGGCAUUACUGGGAGGUGAAGUGGAGAGCAGGGUUUGUCGCCAUCACUGUGGGAUACAAAGACAGCUCAUGGAUUCAUCAAGGGUUUGGAAAAGACAGCCAAUCUUGGGCUCUGAUUAUUCGGCUGGAUGCUGUUCAAUUUCAACAUAACGGAAUCACCACUCUUAUCCCAGGCCCUCCUCCCUCCAGAGUGGGGGUGUACCUGGACUACAGGGCCGGUACUCUCUGUUUCUACAGCAUCUCUGACACCAUGACUCUGCUCCAAGGGGUCCAGACCACAUUCACACAGCCCCUCUACGCUGGACUUCGGCUGGAUGGACUAACAGCUGAAGGCACUGCAGAGUUCUGCUAUCCUCUGCACACAUGAUGCAGCGUUAUAAACAUAGUGUUACCCUCUACAGCUAUAGGUUAACAGAUGAUGCAGUGUUGUAAACAAAGUGUUACCCUCAACAGCUAUAGGUUAAGAGUAGGGCUGUCAGUUAAACGCGUUAUUAACGGCGUUAACGCAAACCAAAUUUAACGGCGUUAAAUUUUUUA